UUUUACCAUGAUUUUUAGGUUUUUAGUUUAAAUUUUUAAUGUAUCAAUAAUGAAUUUACCCAGAUUAUUGUUUGAAUAUCCAAAAGACGAAUCGUUACAGCCAAGAGAAACGCGCCAACUUGCCAUCAAGAAGAUCAACCUGUCAACUCUGAGCUGUGGUUGUCCCCUGGUCCGUACUUCAGAAGGUCUGAUCAACUACAUCAUCAGGAAUAAGUGGAAACUAGCAGAUAACUUCAUGUACUGUGUCGAGUAUAGAGGCAAUUCCACUGAUGAAGCAGCGAGUUACUGUUAUUUUGAGGCUAUCUUCAGUCAGCCCACUCCAGCGUACCCUAUACCUCAAAUUACAGUGUCGGUAUUCUUCAGAGUGAGACAGAGUCAUCUGGAGUCCCCUAGUGCGAAAGAAACACCAACAAUGACCUGGAGACUGGAAGGUCAUCGUCAGGACCACGAUGCAAGCCUCGAGCUGCUGACCGAGCCACGGAUAAUAGCGGUGAUGAUGAUGAAGAGAAACCUCUUCCGGAGAGUGGAGGAGCUUGGGUACUUUUGAGUUUUGAGACAGGGGAUUAAGGUUUUUAGAGAUUUUUGUGCAAUUUGUGGUUUUU